AUGGCUGCGCGAUAUUUGGAUAGAAUCUUGCCGGUUACGCAGAGGUCUGCAACCCUCAAUCGACUUACAAUCUUUCAGUUGGGUUCAGCAACUUUUGUCAACCGAUUGACAUCCUGCUUAAGGACGCUCUCAAUUACGAUAUUACACGUUGCCCGAUGUUUGGCUCGAAUAUAUUUAAUUGGCGAUAGUUCAACAUUUGGUGAUACAUUAAAUUUGUGUAAUGAUACCUUAAAAAUAAAGAUGAUUCUCCAAGCCAACUUCCAGCUAAACUCGCCGCCCUCGCUGCUGCAUAGCAUCGUUCUAUGUAACAAUGGGAAAGGUGUGGGUCUAAGUUUUGUCGACACAUUUCCAAUAAUGGUGAAGUGGCUGAAAGUGGCGGAGUCGCAAGGACGUGCUGAAAUAUUGAUAACCUUGUCAAGUAUGGUUACUGGGCUAGGCUCCGGAGCUGCUAAUUUCCAUAAGGAUGUUUACAAAGCUGCUAAGGCACACCUGGCCGACCGAGUUAUGGCAGUGCGAGCAGCUGCAUUGCAGUGUGUAACAGCGCUCGUUCCGGUCUAUCCUCCACUUUAUUCGACAGAACUUGAAGCAAGUGAUACUUGUGGCAAGCUAAAAGCGAAGUAUGGAUUCGCAACUACGAAACACGACUUGCCGUAG